AUGUCGCAAGACUUCAAUGCCGAGCAGGUCAGUCUGCAAAUGGCCGAUUUGCUAGAAUCCUUCGAAAACCACCCACUCAUGCAACCGCCAGACACCAAUCCAACCCUUUUCUUUCUAUUCGACUUUAUCCGCAACACGCACAAACAACUCAAAUCCAUUGAUCCAUCGAAACUGCGUCAAGGCGGCGAUGCAGACACGCAGAGUAGCGUGGCCGAGGUGAUUGGUCGAAACAAAUUUGCAAAGACGCUGAUUGAGGAUACGUCGGGGAAACUGGCCCUAUUGACGGGCGGGGACCCUGGGAGGCCUGUGGAUUUUGGGGAGGAGAUUAGGGAGAAAGCGAGGGUGUUGGCUUGA